AAAAGUUAUUUCGUAGUUACAUUCUCGAUUUUAUGUGACAUAUAGUAAAUAUGCGCAGGCGGAAAUUGUAUAUAUGAUAAACGCAUGUAAAACGGCACAGCCAAAAGCUAGAAAAACAGUAAAAGCAGAUUAUUACAAUUUAUUUCGUGCCGGCGAUUGUCCAGAUGCAAACCGAUACCUAUCAUGGGGAUGUUUUAUCGUCGGGACUAGAGAUUAGAUGAAUGAGUUGAAUUUCAAAUUCAAAACUAAUAUAUCCUUAUUUUAAUUAGUAUAUAGUAGCUUUCGGUUCUGUCACAGAGCCGUUCCAGCACCACCAACCAAUUGCAACCAAGCCACUUCCCCAGACAACCUUUUAAAGUUCUAAAUAAGUAGAGCAAAGAGCCGAACACAAUUCUUAAAGACAACACACGCCCCCACACAUACACAGAUCCCAGCAAAUCGCCACACCAUGACAACCGAUACCCGCCGACGCGUUAAGCUGUAUGCGCUCAAUGCCGAACGCCAAUGGGAUGAUCGCGGCACUGGUCACGUUUCAUCCACGUAUGUGGAGCGACUCAAAGGCAUAUCGUUGUUGGUGCGCGCUGAAUCAGAUGGUUCCUUACUAUUGGAGAGUAAAAUUCAACCAGAUACCGCCUACCAAAAGCAACAGGACACACUAAUUGUCUGGUCUGAGGGUGACAAUUUUGAUUUAGCUUUAAGUUUUCAAGAGAAGGCGGGUUGCGAUGAAAUCUGGGAGAAAAUAUGCCAGGUACAAGGCAAAGAUCCCUCGGUAGAGAUCACACAGGAUAUUGUUGAGGAGUCUGAGGAUGAGCGAUUCGAGGAUAUGUCGGACACAGCCCCGCCAAUCGAGCUGCCGCCCUGUGAACUGUCGCGACUCGAAGACAUUUCGGAGACAAUACAAAGCUGCCUGUCGACGCCAUUGCGCAAGGAAAAGUUGUCCAUGGCACUAGAGUCGGAGAAUUAUAUUAAGAAAUUGCUUAAUCUGUUCCACGUCUGUGAGGAUCUCGAUAAUACUGAUGGCUUGCAUCAUCUUUUUGAGAUAUUUAAGAAUAUCUUCUUGCUGAACAAGAACGCCCUCUUCGAGAUUAUGUUUGCCGAAGAUACGAUUUUCGAUGUGGUCGGAUGUCUGGAGUACGAUCCAAGCUCAGCACAGCCCAAAAAGCAUCGUCAGUAUUUGAAGUUGUGGGCCAAGUUUCGUGAGGCGGUACCCAUAAAAAAUCUGGACCUUUUGGCCAAGAUUCAUCAGACGUUUCGUGUGCAGUACAUACAGGAUAUAAUAUUGCCCACUCCCUCGGUGUUCGUGGAAGACAACAUGCUUAACACACUCUCCAGCUUCAUAUUUUUCAACAAAGUCGAGAUUGUGACGCUGAUACAGGAGGAUGAAAGGUUCCUCCUUGAUCUUUUCACUUUGCUCACAGAUCCCAAUACCAGCGAUACGAAGCGGCGCGACAUUGUCCUCUUUCUGAAGGAAUUCUGCAAUUUCGCCCAAAAUCUGCAGCCUCAGGGCAAAGACUCGUUCUACAAGACACUCACCUGCCUGGGUAUUCUGCAGGCCUUAGAAUUGACACUGGUAAUGAAUGAUAAAAACACCAAAUCGGCCUCCAUUGACAUACUCACAGCCAUUGUGGAGUUCUCGCCGUUGGUGGUACGCAACUACACGUUGAAUCAAGUCAAUCGACCGGAAGGUGAGCGCAUGCUUCUGAACAUUGCCAUUGAACAAAUGUUAAACGAUUCUGAACCUGAAUUGGGAAUCGCGGUGCAAUUGAUGGGUAUCAUCAAGAUUCUAUUGGAGCCAGAGAACAUGCUUACAGAGAAGGGAGAUUUCCUUAACUUCUUCUACAAGUACAGUGUGCAAACGUUGGUUGCGCCUCUGAUGCUCAACACCACGGGCGACCGUCCACAGAACGAGGACUACCAGACUGCACAGCUGCUCGGCAUCGUGCUGGACAUUUUGUCAUUUUGUGUGGAACAUCAUAGCUAUCACAUUAAGAAUUUCUUAUUGCAAAAAGAUCUCCUCAAACGAAUUCUGGUGCUGAUGAAGAGCACACACACGUUCCUUGUACUUGGCGCUCUGCGAUUACUGAGGAAAAUAAUUGCGCUUAAGGACGAGUUCUACAACAGACACAUCGUCAAGUGCAAUUUGUUUGCGCCCGUGGUCGAUGCAUUCAUCCGCAACAAUGGCCGCUAUAAUCUACUGGAGUCGGCAAUUUUGGAACUGUUUGAGUUUAUAAAACUCGAGGACAUACGCACGCUGUGCGUUUACUUUGUGGAGAACUUCAGCAAAAUAUUUGAUGAAAUCGAAUAUGUGCAGACAUUUAAAUAUUUGAAGAAUCGCUACGAUCAGUAUCAGGAUCGGCUGAAGGAUCGCGAUAAGUUGGAGAAUCGCACAGACGGGGGCGUGCCCAUAAUACGAGGCGGUAACCGCUUUCGUCGGGAUCAGCGCCAAAUGGAGGAGGAAGAGGAAAUGUGGUUUAAUGAAGAAGAUGACUUUCCCGAAGAUAUCGAUAACUAUAACAAUGUCUUGAAGUCCGUCAAUGAGAAAAAUGGCCCGCAACAAACGCAGAAUCAGUCUCAAAAGUCCUCGCCGCCGCACAGCACGACGCCGCAUACCGGUCUUUUGGGUAAUUUGAAUUCCACAGCGACAGCAACUGCCACAUCAGCAUCAAUAUCAGCGUCCGGCGGGAGCAGCGGCAGCAACAGCCCGGAGGCACAGAGUGUUGCCGAUGAGCAAGUUCAAGCCGCAGCUCACUUAGCCGCAGCUGCGAACAUUGCUCUGCAACAUCAUCAGCAGCAACAGCAGCAGCAACAACAGCAGCACUCAUUCCAGCAGCAGCAACAGUUGUCUUUAAACAGCACACUCGUUGCUGCAGCCGCUGUGGCAGCCGUUGCAUCCACAUCGAAUGCGGCUGCUGCGGCGCAGCUGGAAAGUCAACAGCAGCAACAACCAGAAAUUACAGAGCUGCAACAGCAAUUGGCAGCCGUUGAGCAACAGCAUCAGGAGCUGGUUCUAUCAGCAGGCUCGCCCGCGGCUAACGCAUCGCCCUCAUCAACGUCGUCGUCAUCAUCUUCCUCAUCAUCCUCGUCGUCGUCUUCAUCGCCGCCCCUUUGCGAUUCGGCGACUGUGGCUGCAGUGGCAGCCUCACAGUUUUUAACAACCAUUGCAACUGCCAUGGCAGCCUCAGUAACGGCGGCUGCUGUAACCGUGGCUAAUACCAACAACGACAGUGCGUCACAGUCAGGUACGGGGGAUGCGAGCGAUGCGCACAUAAAAGUAGACGAGGAAAUUGCAGUAGAAGCGAACGCCGAUGUACCGUCAAGCGAUGCGGACAAAACGACUAAGAAGGGUUUGGUGGAUUACGAGAGCGACUCGGGUGAGGAUGACUACGAGGAGGAUGAGGAAACUGAUGGCCCACAAGCACAAAAACGCGCGCGUUUGGUAUAGUAAGAUGUGAGCAGUAGAUAGAGAAGUUAGAAGUGCGCGGCAUCAUCAAUUACAAAACAAUACAAAAGAACACACGCACUCACACACUCACCCACACAUAAAAAAAUAAAACCACACACACACACACCAACGAACAUAUAAAUCGAAAGGUAAGCAGCAGCCAUGAGCAGCGGCGCUUUUUCAAAAAGGCUUGUAAAGUUAUCUAGUAGCAAUGCAGCAGCAGUAACAACAACAUGAGCAACAAUACUGAACAGUAAAAUCUGCUAAAAACAACAACAUUAGAAAACGGUACGAUGUAAGAUCGAACAAGAACAAGAAAAAUCAACCAUAAAAUAACAUUUUAGCUUAAACAACCUAUUUUAAAGAAGUAAAACAAAAAAAUUUAAAACAAAACUUACUUUACUAAAUUAAAACAUAUAUAUACAUAUAUAUAUAUAAAUUACAAAAUAUAUAUAUGUUCAAAAGGCAUAUACGAGUACACAUACACUGAAGCACACACGCACAUCAAUUUAGUACAUGUGUGUGGUGUUUAAAUAUUGUAAAACACAAAACAAAGAAACCAAAAUAAAAAUGUAUUUAGCAGUUAAACAGAAACAAAAAGUAAAGAAAAACAAAAAAGAACACUAACGGCAGUGGGAUAUGCGAUGUUUAAGAGAUGCAGAGGCAGCAAUAAAUAAAAUAAAAUGCCAUCAAAACAAAUUUUGUAAAGUUGGCUGCAUGCGAGUGCAAAAAAAAAAAAACAAAUGGUGCAAUAUUUUGCUGUGGGGGUUGCUCAAUAAUCUUGCAGUCCUUUUUCUUACUUGUAUUUCUUUUAGUGGUUUUUCAACCUUUUUCUGAAACACGUAUUUAGGUGUAUUUUUUAAGUACUGACUUUUGAUACAUAUAAUAUUAACUAGGCUUAGUUCGACAUUGAAUAUUAUGGCGCUGUCUAUAAGCAAAUCGCAGAUAACGCCCGCUUGGUUUUAUCUUGAGUCAUGUUCGCUUAUAGACAGCGCUUGAAUAUUAUAACUAAUGAGUCGCUCUCAAAUAACUGAACAACAGAAUAACAAUCCCGCUUUCAAAAUAUCUGCAGCAUCAGCCAACAGCCAACUUUACGAUAUUUGUUUUGUUCAUUUAGAUUAUCAUAUUAAACUUCUCCCCCCAUAAGUAAUAAUAAGUUCCAAAUAGUUUAAAUUAAAUCCAAUCCUUGUAUAUAAUUUAGCAUUACCCGUUAUAACCAAUCCAUAUCGCAAUGGAGAUUCUUGCAUCUUUUAAACCGCUUGAGCAGACAAAACGAAUGCGAUGUUGAAUUUUGUAUAAUAGCAAGUACAGAGCAAAUGAAAUUGUAAUUGUGUUAUUCUAGAGAAAAGUCUUUUAAGAAACCGUGCAACAACAUUGUCUGAAGGAAUAAUUGUGCUACGAUUUCAAUAAAAACAUAAAAUAAAAAACCCGGA